GUUACUUCUAAGUCACCAGGAUCUGCAACUUCUUUGCAACCUCUUCUGAAUUUCCUUCCCACUUACUUUUCACAUUCAGAACGGAUGUUCCCACAUCUUGAGGAUGGAAAAAUACCAACAGGACAAUUCUUGCAGGCUUGUCAGGGUAUCGCAGACUUUGUUGGCUUUCUUGGUACUCCGUUUAUUCCAGUAAAAAAUGAUAUUAGUGGGAAUGUUGCUAAGGUUAGGGGUAAGUAUGAUAAAGGCAGAGAAAAAUUCAAAUAUAUCGAGGACUUGAUUGAUGAUGACGUUGGAAGUUCUGGAGGUCUGGGUUAUGCAACUGAAGGACUUCUUUGGCUGAAAAGGGGUCUGGAAUUUAUGUUAGAGUUGUUGACUCUCAUGGUUCAGGAGUACCGAUCAACUGUUGAUAAGCAAAAAACCGAAAGUUUAGUUGGAAUUAUCGAUGCUGCUUACAACGCAACCUUGAAAAGACACCAUGGAUUUAUUUCCAAACAGUUGUUCAAGGUUGUGAUUUUUGCUGCACCAUACCGUAAAACUUUGCUGAAGGCACUUGCUGAGGGCCAAGACGGUAUCGACGACAUUUGUAUAGCACAUAUUGAAGCUCAUUUGGACAAUUUUAAAAGUAAUGUUGAGCAGUUGGUGAAGUACUACAUAGUUAAAGGGUUGGAUACUCCUAACCCGGCAAAGUUAAAAAAUUAG